CCCGCAGUACAACUCUUCAAUCUAACCUCGGUCCUACCAAGCACUUCAGAAAAAACACACUCUUCCACAUCUUUGUAUCCGGCUCCUACUUCGACGCUCUUCCUAACAUGAUGCUCAGCCAGCACACUUCCCAGUCCUCGCAAACCACCCGCACCUCAGCCACUAUUACCUCUGAGGGAUCUGUUCAUGGUGUCAGUGUCACCCAGGGAUAUUCGCAAAGCACGCAUUCUGUCCAGGGCUCACCUACCCUGUCGGUCGCCGCCCACGGUGCUAGCAAUCUGAAGGAUGUCGAGACAUUCGGCAAGCAGGAUCCUUACCUCCGCUUCACGCUCGACAUCACCGACCUCAAGUCGUUCCAGAAGACCUUUGUUCACAAGAAUGCUGGCAAGAACCCCGUCUGGAAUCAGUCAUUCAAUGUGCCCUUGAAUGGCCAGCCUGAUCUUUACAUCGAAAUCAUGGACGAAGAAACCACUGCCGAUGCCAUCAUUGCCUUCGCAGCGAUCCCGAUUAAUCAGGUUGUUCACGCGCCAGGUGGAACCAUGAACGGCAUCUUUGACGUCUACACCGCGGAUGGAAAGCAGAAUGGUCAGAUCAACCUGACUUUGACUGUUCACAACGUUCCUGGCCAGAACACUGAGUCCGUAGGCCAGUCUCCAACGCCUGUCAAGGGCCAGUCGUAUAUGCUGGAAGCGCACCAUAAGCGCAUCAAGUCUAUUAAGAACAGAGAGACGGCCGCUGAUGCCGGUAUGGCCGUCGCAGGCGGUCUCCUUGCCCUAGGCGCAGGCUUCUUGGCCAACAAGGUGAUCGGGGAUGAUAAGAGGAAGGAAGAGGAAAGGAAGGAGGCUGCACGCCAGCAGCAGUUGGAGCAGGAGAGAUUCCAGAACGAGAAGAAGCACCUGGAGGAGGAGAGAGCGACGUUCGAGAGGACCAAGUCGGAGGAGCAGGCACGAAUUGAGCGCGAACGACAGCAGCAUCAGAACACCUCGCACGAGAGCCACAAAUCCACGUCAUGCCACUCGGAUGCGCGCCACGAGGGGUGCCAUGAUAGCAACAAACACGACAACCAUGAUAAGCAUGAUAAGCAUGGGUGCCAUGAUGACCACAAGAAAAAGAGCCAUUGCGCUCGCGAAUGGGACCCUGUCGGUAACUAUUCCCCCGGGGACAAGGUCGAGUACCACGGACGCAAGUACGUCUGUCUCCAGGGCCAUCAGUCCAACCCAACAUGGGAGCCCACCGAGGCUCACUCUCUCUGGCGCGCCGACUAAAAAGAAAAGGGAUCCAGCACUCGAUCUUCCUAUCAUUUUCGUGGUUCCAUUCCAAGACCAUCAAAAACAAUCAAGCCAUGUCUGUAUAUACCUUCAACUGAACCAAUUUAAAAAGAGAACGGCUCCCUCUCUUUUUGUAGACGAAUAAAACAUAAACCUGAAUUCAA